AGGUAUCAAUGUCGAGGAGGUGAUUUUCUAUGCACACUGCGAGAAUAUCCAUACUAAUUGUUCUUUGGGAAUUUACUAGAUUGAAAAACAUUGUAGCUGGCAGUGAAAACCCUACGGGUAUACACCUGGAUAGGGUAGAGGGUCUUGCUGUCCAAUGCGGUUACAAUCUUAUUGCAGUAGGAUCCCGUCAACUCAUCUCUAUAUAUAGUCAAGACCUGAAAAAGGACAAACACAUAGGUGAACUUGUUGGCUCGAUUCCGCUAUCAAAACCAGUUUCUGAUAGUGGCUUUCUUGAAUUGAAGUUCAUUAGUGAGUCACAGCUCUUCUAUUGCGACGCAUAUUCCUGCAGCUUGUGCGAGGCAUCGAAUAAGGUGUGGUCUUGUGAAGCUCUUGUACUUUCUUGGAAUGGUGAAAGCAGUACUUCAAUAUUGGAUAUCUCGUCCGCAUACUCUCAUGAAAAAGGAAAAUUAUUUGUUCGUGUUGCGGAGCUAACUCGAGCGGCAGUGCUAGCUUUCACUAUCAAUAACACCAGGUCAUCACUUCCCGUGCAAAGUGCUCCAGAUGCCCCCUAUAUUAGAGGCUUCAGCACGGUUUCUGGUUUCGCUAGGGGAAUGUACAUAUAUUUUGUUGGCUCAGCUGUUCAACCCUACGAACCUUUCAUUAACUCUAAUCUGGGAAACGAAAACCGCACUAUCACUAAAAUAACCAGGAUAUGUUCCUCUGAUCUCACUUCACAAUUAGAAUCUCGCAUAGAUCUUGCCAUUGAUUGUGGAUUCGGAGACGUCAACAAACGGGUAGAAGCUUCGUACUAUGAUGCUGUUCAUGACCAAAUUACUGUGGUUCUGAAAAAUGAUAAUCAUAAUUGGAGUAUAUGUGCGUUUUCCAUGACAGAUGUAGAGGAACGUUUCAACAGGGAUUGGGAUUUAUGUCAAAAAACCACAAAUCGAGAUAGUGCAAUGAACUGCCAAACAGCUGUAAGCGCUGCAGAUCUUGACGAUCAGUGUUACAUAUUUACUAGGAAAGCAGAUGCAUUCAGAAUGCAAACAUGCAUCCGUUUCGGACAGGAUGUGCACCGCAUAUAUGAUAACUGCAAUUUACAUCAGCAUGAAGAAAAUUCUUAUCGUUAUGGAUGGCUGGAGGAUUUUCGUCCGCUUGUGGGAACUCCGAUAGCAAGUGUGACUGCUAAUAUUGAGCGAGUGGUAUCUGUUUUACCAGAUUUUGAAAACGAGGCGCUGUUUAUCGGUGGUUUCAGUGGAUCAUCGAUGUUAUUGUUGAGGGUAUCAUGGCAGCCAGAUGGCUUGCCUUUACAUUCUCGGAUUUUUUGGAAGAGAAGAAGCUUCCCAUCUUCACGUUUUCCCAUGUGUUUGGACAGCAACGAAAAGACCCUUUUUAUGCUGAAUUCAACAACGGUUAUUCGUAAUCAAAUAAGUUGUGCUGGUUUAUAUAGCACUUGUGAAGACUUGGCAGAAGGCGGCUGGCAAGAUCCUUUGUCAUGUAUCUGGUGUCCAGAUGAGCACAGACUAGCAGUGACGUCUUCAUAUGACAAACUUGGAUGCCUACAUCCAAUCACGAAAACCUGUCCACCCCUUAUUGAUCAUGCAAACCGAAAUGAACACGCAGAAUGGGAAAUCUUUGGUUCGAAUAUGGAUAGAAUGCAAGAUAUCGAAGUUUACGUUUGCGAAGAAAAGUGCCAAGUCAACCGACAGCUAUCGAGCAGCACCAAGUUGCUAUGUUCACUGCCUGAGGAUUCGGAUCAAGACGCAGCUUGCAAUGUUCGGGUCGUAGGACGUUUAGAGGGCUAUAAUGCAUUUACUCUCGAAGUGAAGAAGACGACCCAUAGUGUGGCAUUGAUGACGGAACGCUCUUCAAGCUCACGAACAUGGAAGGAAAUCGUCGCAGUAGUCGUUGUUGUUAUCAUUCUAGCAGUGCUGGGAGUGAUCAUCUGCUUGGCAAGGAAGAAGAUGAGGAAGAAGGGAAGUACAAUGGAGAUAUCUAAUAGCAAUGUUUACGAUGAUGGUAUAGAACGUUAUUUGAGUAAACUUGAGCACAAUCUGGUGGAUUUCGUUUCUCCAUACGAGCAAAUGUUUAGGGACAUAGAUAAUCGAUUGAAGAUAGAUUUUUCGUCUCUGCAUAUCGAAGAAGAAAUAGGCAGAGGUCAUUUCGGUAUCGUCAGUCGCGCCACAUACAUAGCUCCUGAUGGAACAACAAAGAAAGUUGCUUGCAAGAUUCUAAAGCAAACUGCGGGAAUAGGAGAUUUCAUCACAGAAGGGAUAACUAUGGGACGGUUCAAUCAUCCCAAUCUAAUGCAGUUGGUAGGGAUUGCUUUUACCGAUGGGAAGAUUCCAGUAAUUGUUACGGAUUACAUGGAAAACGGUGACCUUCGUACCUAUCUUCGAGAUGAUUCGAAGGUAAUCACAUUGCGAAGUCUGCUACGCUUUGCAUGCCAGAUUGCUCAAGGAAUGGAGCAUCUGCAUAGUUGCAGAUCCGUUCACUGUGAUUUAGCCGCAAGAAACUGCAUGCUGGACAAUGAUUUAAACAUAAAAAUUGGCGAUUUUGGUCUUUGCCGAAGAGUCAGCGACGACAGCGAAGCUUACGAGCCUUCUAACAAACAUCGGGAUGUGCCUUUCCCUUGGAUGGCUCCGGAAGCCAUAAUCAGCGAAACGUUCACAUUCCAAAAUGAUGUUUGGGCCUAUGGCAUUGUGCUGUGGGAACUGACUACUCGUGGAUUGACACCAUAUGGAGGAAAAAAAGGGAUCGAGAUAAUCGAAUUUCUACGAGCAAAUAGGAGAUUACAGAUGCCUGAAUACUGUCCCGCCCAAUUGUAUCAUGAGAUCAUGCUGCCCUGUUGGCAUGCCGAUCCACAAAAGCGACCUACUUUUGCGGAACUCGUGGUCUCAUUGAAUAGGCUUGUAGAUUCGAUGGAGACUAAUCAGUCUCAGGAACUGUGUAGUAAUUACGAGAAGAUAUCAGUACUUCGUAGUGACUCAGCCUUUGGAAUUCAAGGAUUCGUUAACAGCUAGUGCUUUUUAUUUGUUAGUGUAUAUAUCACUGUUUUACACACUUUGUAUGAAGAAAGCCAAAAAAUGUAUUUUGUAUGUAUAAUUUGUGCUUGUGAUAUCUAGUUCUAUGAAGCUGGCAUUUUUAUACAUGUGGUCAAGGCUGUUGUAGAGCCCCUGCGUUAUCAUUGCCUUUCAAGUGUGCAAGUCAUUGUGUGAUGUGUUUUGCUAUUGCCAAAUCUUGUGUAGUCAAUUAUGGGUUCUGAGACAAUGGUGAAGAUGGUGCCUUGCUUUUUCUUCCUAGUUUUAUUAACAACGAACUGCAUCAUAUUGCUCUAUUGUUGUAUCUAUGCAAUGAAGCUUAGCUUGAUUUAUUCAUUCUUUGUUCAAC